AGAGAGGAGUGGUUUUCUGGUAUCGUAAUAUGGUCCAAACCAAGGGUUGUUGUUNUCAUAUACUCCAUCAAGUCUUUCUAGCUUAGAACGCAAGUAUCGAGGGGACCAAAGCUUCCUGGCAUGCCACUUGUUAAUAAUAGAGUUUCUGAUGAUAAGCGGUUCUCCGUUCUUUAUUGCAGCUCCUGCAAAAGGUGCUUCUUGAUCCGGGAGAGAGAUGACAGGUACUGUAUGUAUGGUUGUAUACUCUAUCCCUCUUUCUCUAAGGAACACAUACCAUAUCAGGGCAGUACACAGGCAACUGAACAGGAAGGCUCCUCCAAGAGUUAAGUAAAUCUGGCAUUCGGGAGAUAUUACUGAAGAUUUUGCUUCAUGUAUCUCUUCCCUCCCUUUUAAAAUAGAGGAUUUGUCACUUCUUGUAGAUUUAUUUCGUUUCCUAGUAGACGCCAUUUUAAAACCCCGCCUAGAUGUAGGCCGCGCCCAUCCUGGCCACGAGGCGAGGCAUGCCAUGAGCACAUGCUGCACCAGGUACUAUAACUCAUAACUGGCAAGAAGGCUCAUAAGUAAGAAUAAGAUAACUGGUAAGGAUAGAAUCCGAGCAAGAAUCAAUAAUAAAAUCAAGUAAGGAACGUAUCCACACUUGAACCUGUUUAAAAUUUAUUUUUAGAAGUUAAAUUAGCUUGGACUAGUUUGUAGUCUGGUCACUGUUUGAUGUCAAAAUAUGGAUAAUGAAUAUGGUGGUUACAGCUACAGGUUUAUUGAUGCUGAUCUUCCUGAUAAGUAUAGUUGUGCUAUAUGUACGUUUGUAGCUCGUGAUCCACAACAGGUUAUCUGUUGCUCUCAUAUAUAUUGUAAGAGCUGUCUGCUAAAGCACGAACAGAUAUCUGAAUUGUCAUUUCACUCAUUUAACUGCCCUAGCUGUCGUCAAGAUCUUUAUGGUAGGUAUUUUCCUGAUGGAAGGAUUGAGCGAGAGAUAAAGGAUCUAGGAGUCUAUUGUCCUAAUGAUGAGUGCCAAUGGAAAGGAAUUAUUAAGGACAUAGAGACUCAUAUUACUGCCGAAUGUCCUUACCAGAGUAUUGAGUGCAGUAAUGGCUGUGGAGAGAACCUGCAAAGAAUGGAAAUGGAGACACAUGUAUCCAAGGAAUGUCCUAAGCGUAUUGUUACUUGUACACAUUGUGAAGUGAUUGGUGUUCAUGAAGUAAUAUCUACCGAUGCUCACUUAGAUGUGUGUCCUUUCUUUCCCAUUACUUGCACUAAUGAUGAAUGUGAUGUAAUUUCUCCUCGUAAUCAGUUAUCAGCUCACAAAAGGACUUGUCCUAAGUCUAUUGUCACAUGUGAGUACAGCAGUGUUGGUUGUUCUAAGAGGAUGAAACUAGAAGUACAAGAGGAUCAUAAUGAAUCAUUUGUAAAGGAACAUCUUCAACUAGCAGUCAAUGCAUUGAAGAAUCGAUUGCCUUCGAAUUCCAAAGUUUUAAAGCUCAGGGAUUUUAACAAUAAGAAGUCAAAAGAUGAAAAGUGGUAUAGUUCUCCUUUCUACACAUCACCAGGAGGCUAUAAGAUGAUAUUAUCUGUUUGUGCUAAUGGUAAUAGAAAUGCUAAGGGUACUCAUGUGUCUUGCUACAUUCAUCUUGUACGUGGAGAAAAUGAUGAUUAUUUAGAGUGGCCAUUUCAAGGAGAAGUCACUAUUGAACUAUUGAACCAACUGGAGGAUAACAAUCACAAAGCAUAUAUUCUAAAGUUCAACGAGUCAACACCAGAUAAUUCUAAGAAUAGAGUUGUAGAACAAGGAAAUGGUUGUGGUUGGGGUUUUCAUAGAUUUGUUUCUCAUUCUGAGUUAGGCCACAUUACUGACACCAACUGUUGCUACCUCCUCAAUGAUUGUCUUCAUUUUAGAAUAACUGUGAACGCUACCUACAAUAAACCAUGGCUUCUUUGAUUCACUUUGUUCUAAAGCUGUCAUCAUGUGCUAAUUCUAGCCUACAUUGGAUUUAUUAUUUAAUAUUACGUGUGUUAUUUUUUGUUGAUGCACUUUCAUUUUUAGAAACAUGCAAUCAGAGCAUUAGCUCCAACGGUAUUUGCUUUUUAGUGAAUAAUAACAAGCCCUUCCCAUAAUUAUGCCACACCUUUAUUUCCACAUGCAACCAUAUGG